UUAUGUUUCCUGGCUUUUAGUUCAGAGCAGUGGGAGUUCGCAACCUGCACUUACUCCUCGCAGAAUGAAUCGCAUUGUGCUGCUCGCUUUGACUCUUGCCUUGCUGGCCACAUUAGUCUAUACAGCAAGGAAUCCUUAUCAGCAAGUUAUACAGCAUAGCAGGAUCAGAGGCAGACAGCAUGGCCCAAACGUGUGCGCAAUUCAGAAGGUCAUUGGGUCCAACAAGCAAUACUAUACAAACUGCAAGCAGUGGUACCAGAGAAAAAUAUGUGGCAAGUCAACUGUAAUCAGCUAUGAAUGCUGUCCUGGAUAUGAAAAGAUCCCAGGAGAGAAAGGGUGUCCAGCAGCACUUCCUCUUUCCAAUAUUUAUGAUACACUGGGGAUUGUUGGAGCAGCUACAACAAAAUUGUACUCGGACAGCGCUAACUUAAGACCUGAAAUUGAGGGUCCAGGCAGUUUUACUAUUUUUGCACCAAGCAACGAAGCGUGGGCUGCCCUACCAGCUGAAAUAUUGGACGCUUUAGUGAGCAAUGUUAACAUUGAGCUACUUAAUGCUUUGCGAUAUCAUAUGGUUGACAGACGCCUUCUCACAGAUGAGCUGAGACAUGGAAUCACUAUACCAUCAAUGUACCAAAACUUGGACAUACACGUACACCACUAUCCCAAUGGAAUUGUAACAGUAAACUGUGCCAGACUGAUAAAGGCCGAUCAUCAUGCAACCAAUGGCGUUGUCCAUGUGAUUGAUAAAGUCAUCACAGCAGUGACAAAUAACAUUGACCAAGUAGUAGAAACUGAAGACAGCCUGGAAACACUGCGUGCAGCUAUAGCAGCAGCAGGUCUCAAUGAGCUCCUAGAGAGUGAAGACAAACAGUACACCCUCCUUGCUCCCACCAAUGAAGCCUUUGAAAAAGUUCCACCAGAGACUCUGCAAAGAAUUCUUGCUGAUCCAGCAGCCCUGAAAGAUCUGUUGAACCAUCAUCUCUUACACUCUGCCCAGUGCUCGGAAGCCAUUAUUUCUGGAUCGUCCAUUGAAACAUUGGAGGGAACACCGCUGGAAGUUGGCUGCCUUGGUGAUGAGCUGACACUUAAUGGAAAAGCAAUCAUUUCUAAAAAGGACAUUUUGGCUACCAAUGGUGUUGUUCAUUUCAUUGAUGAAUUAUUGAUUCCAGAGUCAGCUAAAACAAUAUCAGAAUUGGGCAAAGAUUCUGUGGUUUCUACAGUGAUUGAUCUAUUCAGGCAAGCUGGACUAAACAGUCACCUUGUCACAAAUGAAAGUGUAACAGUCAUCGCUCCACACAACAAUGCAUUUAAAGCUGGAACUCCCGCCAUUGACAGAGACAUGAAAAGUUUACUUCAGAAUCACAUUAUAAAAGAUCAGCUUUCUUCCAAAUAUCUUUAUCAUGGACAAAUUCUAGAGACAGUUGGUGGAAAGAAACUUCGAGUUUUUGUAUACCGAAAUGCCCUCUGCAUUGAAAAUAGCUGCAUCGAUGCCCAUGACAAAAAGGGAAGAUAUGGAACUUUAUUUAUUGUGGACAAACUGCUAACUCCACCAUCAGGAAAUGUCAUGGAUGUCCUUAAAGCUGACAAUCGUUUCAGCACGUUGGUGACUGCAAUCCAGUCUGCAGGCCUCACUGAGACGCUGAACAGAGAAGGCACUUUUACCGUCUUUGCUCCAACAAAUGAAGCCUUCCGCGCACUUCCAAGAGGAGAAUUAAACAAACUAUUAGGUAAUGCUAAUGAAUUGUCUAAUUUAUUAAAAUACCAUAUUGGGGAUGAGAUCCUGGUCAGUGGGGCAGUUAGUCAACUUGUAAGGAUAAAGACGCUACAGGGUGAAAAGCUGGAAGCUAUUUCUAGAAAUUCUACACUACAUGUCAAUAAAGAGCCUGUUACUGAGGCAGACAUGAUGGCGACAAACGGUGUGGUCCAUGCUAUCAGCACUGUGUUUCAGCUGCCAGGAAAUGAGCCCUCAGAUUCUGGCCUUCAAAACCGAAGGCUAGCUGCAUAUUCCAAGGUGUCCCUAAUAAAUGCCCGAUUAGCACCUGCAUAUUCCAGGUUAAUGUCAAGAAUGAAACAACAGUAGUGAAGUCUGUGGAGUGAGAACGGACAAGCGGUCACCACCAUCAGUGCCUCCUUGUAUUUUAAAGCAAGAAUCACAUUUUGCCUGUAAAAUGACUUCGUUUUUCCUUUUAACAUGUUAAAGACCCAGCCAAACUAUUGUAACUGUUAUCCCUGCUGGAGGCGUUUGUGCUAGAUGCACAUGUUGAUGAUCUAAGAAAACAUACUUGUUGACAAUACUGUAAAUAGUUUAUUUUCCAGAAUAACUCUGAGAUUAUGUACAACAGACAAUGACAUCUUAAAGCAACAGAAACCAGUAAACUGAAGACCUGCUCCUAUACAGUGACCUCAUAAUUAAUGGCCACAUGCACAAGUUACCCUGCAAUCCCCCAUAAAGUGUUUGUUUUAAGAUUUUAUUGGCUCCUUUUUUUACCCUAAGACUUUUCCUAUAAAAAAUAAGGUUCUAUUGAUGACUAGCUUCACAGACAGCAGACAUUAUAUGCAGUCUGUCCAUUAAGUAAACUGGUGACAUAGGACCUGAUUCAGAAGUAAAGCUAUCUCCCAAGUCUGUCACAUAUGAACAAUGUUUUCUUUUCUGCACAUGUGUGGGAGCCGCGAUGCACGGGUGCCGUGAUGUGGCUGCAGCUCCAGUCACAGUGUGGUGUUAGCUGCAGUGUGAUUGACAGGCUGCAGGUGUUAGAGGGAGGUAACGGUGUGUCUGGGGGAGUGCCAUAGCCAUCCUCUGAUGCAGAGUCAUUGGCCUCAGCAUCUAAGUUGUGGUGGAUAUUCUUCAGAUGUUUGAUGGUGGGCGCAAUGGUCACAAUAUUGAUCCAAUUCUGCAUCUUUGGACGCAGGCAGCGGAUCUGGGAAGUCGGGAAUGAGCGGCUUUUUACAAAAGACUCCUCCUGCUCCAUAUCUCAGAUCCACAUAUACCAAAGACACAGCAGCGACCUGGACUGCGUCCCCCUCUUAAUCAGGCCUAUAUUCUGACAGUGUCCCUGAGUGCAUAUUGUAUGUUGUCCAGGUGAUGAAAUGGCUGCCAACAUUGCCUAUAGGUGACGGUAACGUUGCAAAUCAAUGACAUAAAUGUUUUUGCUGAGAUUAUAAGUGGAAAGCUGUGGGAGGGUUAGCUGUAACACAUUACAUAGAGCAGGAAACAAACAUUUUAUAUAAAAGAACAGGCUGGUAAGUGCACAUCCAUAGCCAUGUGCAUGGUAAGGUGGGAGCAAUAAGUAAAUGCAUAAGGACACAUUUCUCUUAUGUGACAGUAACAACAUUGUAUUAAACUAUAAACACACAUUCAAAAUGGAUCUUGCAAUUCCUUAUAUUUUGAUUGUAUUGUAUGGAAGAGUUAACGUGUUGGAGUUAGUGUAGUCAUAAAUUAAUUAGAAACCGUUUUCUCCUAUCACAACUGGAUUGCACCGUGUAUAGUGUAAUCGAAUGAUUGAGAUUCUGUCAUAUACCCUAACAUACAUUGAUACUAUUAAAAUUUACAGUGUGUGUGUGUGUGAUUUAAUAAUAAAUCAUUGUACGCAAUGUUUUUAACUUAUAGUCCUAUUGCAAACACAACUUUUGUGCCAUGUGUGGAGACAUUUAUAUCAUGCAACCCAAAUACAUUUAAUUCAGUUAAAACUGAAAGGAUCAUUAUCAAUAGACAUUUUCUGUACAUUAUGCAUUUUUAUAAUUGUGUUCUCCCCCCUGUCAGGAGUGCCAGGAUACACAUUUCUUUCUCUUAGAGUGUUUGCAAGAUAGUUAAUAUGUUUGUACUGUACGUUUAUUCUUUAUAUUCAAUGAAGUCGUUUUCAAUGACGGUAUUGUACUGUUUACCGCUGACCUGACGAAAUAUCCCUCACAGCAAUCCGUCAUUCAAAAAAUGUAGAAAAUAAACAACACAUUUUAAUAAUAA